GGCAGGUCGAGUAUGCUGCAUUGACUUUGACAAUGCUUACUGAGAGCUUUGUUGCAGCUUCUCUGACUACCAAUAAGCCCGUCGCCCAUGCCAGCGCCUCCCUGAAAGAUGUAGGCAUUUUCCUGCACGAGUUCCAGCCACAGAGUGCCUAUCGCCAUGGGUAUAAGAAGAGCUCAAGCAGACCGGGCUGUGUCUCUAUCAGCGACUCCCACAUCUUUGCUGCGCAAGCUGAUAAAGCAGUGGUGAAUGUGUAUAGCAGAGACCGCGGCAAUCAAGAAGCCACGGUUCCCUUCCCCGAGAGAAUACUCAGCCUUGCAUAUGCUCAAGGAGCCGCAAUACUUGUGCUCGGGACCGAGGGUGGGAAGUUGAUACUUUGGGAAGUUGCUACGGGAAGAUUGACCAACUCAUCCGCUUCGCAUCUUCAAGCUGUCUCCUCACUAUGCAUCACUCCUAAGAAUGAGUACAUCCUUUCAGGCUCAGCUGACUCAAGUAUCCACGUCUGGUCUCUGCUGAAACUUGUCUCGUUCCUGCAACCCACAGGUACUUUUGGAUCUGAAGAGCCGUCGCAUUCACCUGUACAGACCUUUUCCGGGCACAGAGGAGCCAUUACCGCCCUUUCGUGCGGCCAUUCGAGAAUCAACACGAAUUAUGCUGUAUCCACAUCCGAUGACGGGACUUGCUACCUGUGGAAUAUCGACUCAUGUCAGAUCCUUCGAACCCUUCUUCUUCCGUCUUUGGCCGUCUCGGUCACUAUCGAUCCAGCAGACCGGGCCGUCUACUUCGGUUGCAAUGACGGCCGCAUUCAGUCCUUCGAACUCUUCCGGCAUACAGUCAAUGAUAAGGUCUCAUUAUUCACGUCGUCGCAUAUCCCACCUAUCCAACUGCUCGCCAAAGACAGCUGGGUCGCAUCUUCAGAGGAAAUCGGUGCUGCGAACUGUUUGACACUAUCUUACGAUGGAACGUCACUCAUAUCAGGCCAUCAAAAUGGGGUCAUCGUACGCUGGGAUGUUGCAAAGCACCGGAUAUCGAACGAGAUCACUAAUCUUGGCCAACCUGUUACAAACAUUGAAAUGCUCGAGCCAGAAGGGUUCCCAAAUAGGUCGAAGCCCAGAUACACCAUAACAAACGUCGUCAAGCCAAAUCUUGAGCUCACUUCAUCGAGAGACAAGGGCACCUGCGGCAUUCCAGCGAAAUACAACCUCCACAUGAAGAUCGACGCGCUAAGACCAAGCGAAGAAGACAAUCUCUUCAGUCAGGCUAUCUUGGGCCACGGCUUUCCAACAAGUUUGCUAGACGAUGCUUUACGCUCCCUUGCUGUCGGGAAUCAAGGAACUGCCCCUUCGUUGGACGGCAGCCAGCUUGGCAAGGUGGAAAGGCUCGAGGAUGAGGUCUUCCAAUUGAAGCAGCAGAUUGCCGUGUUACGCAACGCCGAACACAAACGAAAAGAUCACAAGCUGGCGAAAAUGAAAGUGCAAGAUGAAAUUGACCUGGAGAAGAGGAAAGCAUACUUUGAAGCCAAACGGAAUGGAGAUGAUGGGGAUCUGGCGAUGAAGAAAUUCGAAGAGAAAAAGGCUCUGCUGGACAUCGAGAGUGAAGAAGACGACGUGGAGGUACAGAUGGAUGUGACCUGAAGCGCAGAAGGAUUCGAGGAAGAAUCUCAGUUGGAACUGAGACCAUAUCUUCUGUAAGAUGUCGAUGUCUCGCCACCUCAGUCAUCAACGGCUUCAACUCUGCCCCUGGACAAUGGUCUCAGCAUAUCAAGAAGGAUGGCUCUGUGCCUCGAAUGCUUCGAUUUCAGGCUACCUCAGAAUUCGCCGAGCAGACCUGACGACUCAGUGCGUCAGAUUACAGGGAGCCGUAGACUAGAAUUCUGGAUCCCGCAAAGCUUACAAAACCUACUCCACUGCAUGCAGCGCCGACGAGGAUCCGAAACUGAGCUUACGGAGACCUAAACCUCAGAUACCGCCCCUGUUCGGUGAGCUCCUUGGCUUUUGACGACAAUUUUUCAGAAUCUGCAUUCAAGCUUGACGGAUUCACUUGCAUCUUCUUGGCCUCGAUAUCCAAAGAAUGCUCUAUCAAGAACCUCAACAUCCAUCCAUCCAGUUUAUGUGUUCCUGACUCUGUCGACAGAAGACACAUGUCUUGGAAGACCAGUAGGCGUUCAAUCUGUGUGUUCGUUAGCAGCGGAGCGCGCGGAGUGUAAAUCCAAACACUUGGCCAUUCUGAUACGUACCAUAGCAGAUAUGGCGGGCCAAUAUUGUGAGAGUUCCAUAAGUGCCUCGAAAUUUGUGUUGAGCUCCCGGCUGGCUGUUUCAAGUUGAUCCAGGUCACCGAAGAGGAGGGUAUGGACCAAAACUGACGAGGAAACUGUCGCCAUGUGGCCAAGAUUAGGAUAUACCACGUCACAACCUUUCAAAUGCCGAGACUGGUACAACAAGGAGCGAAGGAUGAAGCAUUAGCCCUACAGCGUGUGAUGUAUGUACGAUCGCUCGCAGAUCUUGGCAGCUGGACUUCGAGAUAUCGAAAAUAGAGAAGUGUCGCAUAGUGAUGAUAUGCCAGGUGUAUUGAGAUCAAAAGCCCACCUAGGCCUCUUUUCUGUUGUCGACGGAGAUUUUCAUGAUUCAUCUGAGCAUCAAUCGGCAGCUUCUGUUUCCAAUCUUCCAGAUUCCCGGCAAGUUGCUCGACCUGUUGGUCCAAGUUGAUGGUAUGAGUUUCACCAUUAGCGGCAAGGCGGUUGAUAUUGUGAAUCGGUCCAAAAAGCGGGACAAGUGUUAUCAUCUGGGCCCAUAUUCCAUGGUCUAGCGGAUCAACGAUGGCGAGUUGCUCAG